AUGGUAUCCUUAGACAAUAUACAAGCCAGCAAUACAGCACUCAAGAACUACGGCCCCAAUCUGGUGGGCGUAUUCGUUGGUGGCACCAGUGGCAUUGGCGAAAGUACCGCCCGUGCUUUUGUCAAGUAUGCAGCGUCUCCACGAGUCUACCUCGUUGGCAGAAGCGAGACCCGAGCAUCCCAGAUAAUCGAGGAUCUCCGAGCCCUGAACCCAGACGGACAGAUCAAUUUCAUCAAGGGCGAUGUCUCUCGUCUACAAGAAGUCGACGAGGCAUGCAAGGAGAUCCAAGCCAAAGAAGAAAAGAUCAAUCUUCUAGUCCUGAGUGCUGGCAUUCUGACCAUGAAAGGAAGAGAUGAAACCGACGAAGGGCUAGACAAGAAGCUCAGUCUUCAUUACUACUCCCGCAUGCGAUUCUUGUACAACCUGCUCCCGCAACUGACCAACGCCGCCAAUGCAGGCACAGCCCCCGGCCAACGCGGUUUAUCGAGCGUUCUGUCUGUUCUUGAUGCUCGUGGAAACGCACCGCUGAUUUUGAACGACCUCUCCCUGAAGGAGAACUACUCUCUGCGCAAUUGCGCCAAUCACGCAAUUACCAUGACAUCGCUGUCGAUGGAAGAGCUUGCUGCCUCACAUCCGGCUACGUCUUUUGUCCACGCGUACCCUGGCUUGGUGAAGACAAGCUUGGUUCGUGAUAAUGGAUCCUUGAUGAAGCUCGCUUUGAAUGCGAUGUUCUUCUUGCUCACGCCGAUGAACGUUCCUUUGGAAGAGAGUGGAGAGAGACAUCUAUAUGCAGGCACUAACCCUUCGUUCGCCCCGCGGGAUUCGACCCGGGGUGAGGGCGUUGCGAUUGGAUCGGAUGGCGUCCAGGGUUCUGGUUCGUAUCUGGUUGGAUCGGACUCGGCCACGGUCAGCAAUCAGAAGGUAUUGGAAGGAUAUCGGGCGGAUGGAACUAGAGCGUCCGUUUGGAAACACACCCUUGACAUCUUCAAGGGAAUUCGUGGUUAG